ACGUUGCCAACGAAGCAACAAAGUUGCUAGAAAACUGAUCACAUGUCUGAUUCCAGGUGAGGGAGAGAAGGAGGAGCCAAAGAAGAGAAACGCCUCCGGAUCCGAGACCACACGUCAUGACAGGCCGACGUGGAAGAGCUCAUGGGGGGCAAAUAGCAGCUUAUCGACCUUAAGUGGAUCUUCGGAAGGAGAUUCAAAGAAGUAUCGUGGAAAAGAGGUAAAACAGCAAGCGUGGUAAUGUUAGAGGAAAACAAAUGAGAACCCGCACUACGCUCGUGCGGCGUCUUCGUACAGCAGGCAGACUCGCAGUGGGAAACGUGCACGUUGUACAGGAAUGCGCGCGGCGGAUCUAGACAGAUGUUGACAUGCGGGCUGCGAUGGCACAAGAGGAACCGCUGUACGAUUUCCCGGAGCCCACCCAGCUUCCACAGCGGAAGUUGUUGGGGCAUCAGAGGGGACGGGGCUCUCUGAGAAGCAUCAGCGUGCUGGACCGUCUCCUGCUCACCGUUCCGGUUUGGUUUCAGCUGUCCAUCAACCCGGCCACCGCACUGCACAUUCUGCAGAGGGAGCCCCCCGGGACCUUCUUGGUGCGCAGGUCCCGCACGUCUAAGAGAAACGUGCUGUGUGUCCGCCUGGCGGACGACAACGUGCCGUCCUUCGUUCAGCAAUUUGGCAUCAGGGAGGAACCGUCCAGUAAGACAAUGUCCCUGGAGACUUCAACCAUCAGCUUUCCAGAUCUCCCAAGACUAAUUUCCUUCUACUGUGUCAGCAGAGACGUACUACGCUUCCCUUUGGAGCUUCCUGAAGCCAUUGCAAAGGCGACGUCCCACAAGGAGCUUGAGUCCAUCUCACACAUGGGAAUAGAAUUCUGGAAUUCCCACCUAAACGUCCGUGGGCCUCGGGAGUCACCGAAGCCGCAGAAAGACGGGGAGAAGACGACGACGACGGACGUGGUGACCUCGGACCCACCUGCCUCCGCCCCACAGGCGAGUUCCGCAGCUCAGCCGGAUUCGGCCCCCAAGCCGGACCCGGGAAACCCGCUGGAGACGGGAACUCCGUCCGACCCCGAAGACAAACGAGCGGGUUCCAAUCCCACCGUGUUCCACGAGUUCUGUCCAAUCGCGACGCGCAGCCCCCGAGAACUGGACUGCGGCUCGGGCCAGGGCGCGCUCUGUUUCAUCAACCCGCUCUUCCUGCAGUCCCUGAAUCCUCUCUGCAAGCGCCGCAUGUUCAGCCGCAGCCUCCGGGUUCGGAUAUCCACCGAGUCUUCCAGCCUGCUUUCGCCCCCACACGCUCCCCCGCCUCCACCGCCGCUGAUGCCCAAAACCAAAAGGAAAUGUGGCGGGCCGAGACGGGGGCAGGGGGCCGGCGGUGGCGAAGGUGCGUCUCGGGGCGGGAACCCGAGUGAAGCCGGCAGGAUCGAUCACGCGGUUCCGGACACUUUGGGCCUGCCUCCGGCACAGAUGCACAGCGUCCCCGGCGAGGCCCGAGUUCAGCUUCCAGCAGCAACGCCUCACCUCCACCCCGAGAGGCAGCAGGAACCGGGCCCCGACGGCGCCGGAGUCGUCCUCAACUUGGACCACGCGCAGGCCUCCCCGACAGCCGCCUCCUCCACUGUGCCCUCGCUCUCCCCGUACAUUUCUCCCGCGGCGCCUCUCCUUUUCCCCAAAGUCUCCUCGUGCCGCUCCCCUUACGACUCCCCUGGGGCUUCGCCGUCUCUCUCCCCUUAUCAAUCCCCAUCUCUCUCGCCCAAGGCUCCCGUUUCCCUCUCCCCCUACGACUCACCCAGCGCCUCGCCCUCCCUUUCACCGUCCCCGUCUCCCUCUCCAAAGGUCCCCUUCGCUCUGUCCCCCUUCACCUCGCCGUCCUUCCUUCGGCUGGAAGAGCAGGUCUAUCACGCGCCGUCUGCAAGGCCCGACCGGGUGAGAUCUGAGAGAGAGGCGGAGAAGGACGGAGCGGGUCCCGACGAAAGUGGCACAAAAGAGGAGCUGCACAAAAAGAGUGAAGAGGAGGAGAGCGGUCUGGUUUUACAGAUGAAGGCUGCUUCUCUAAAUGACACUGGCGGUCUGCAGGGAGCUGCGGAGACCUCGGCCCACGAACAGGACAAGGCUACAAGCCUCUAGCGAACAGACCGUUUGGACCAACUGGUCUAAAUGCACUGCGACUAAACGUGCACGUGGGGACGGCAUAGAACAUAAAACAGAACAUAAAACUGAAAUGAUCUCUAAGAGUAUAACUUUUGGACGAUAAGUCUUUCAAAGCCAAUAUUUUUAUUCACAAUUCUUGUUUUUAAAUAUUUGAGUUGUUUUUAAACUGACACAAUGUCAGUAUUUGCAAAAAAUAUAUAUUUAUUGUAGUUGGAAGAUUGAAUCAACUUGUAGUCUGUGGAAUUAUCAGAGGAUGUGAGUCACUUGUCUACGUUUUUUUAUAGACAAUGUUCUGCUUCCUUGUGGAAGAAAACCUUUUGCUUCAUUCGAUGGGAAUCCACCACAGGACCUUCCAUGGUGUUCAGCUUCUGACUGAAUUCCUUUCUGCAGACCGUUUGACUACGCAUGUACAUUAGAAUACAGUUAUUAAAAUACAGUGAAAGUAAA